AAGAAAGCUGAGGGAGAAGACACUGAGAGGUCCCCCAAAGGAAGGGGUCACAGCAUCUAGGGGCACCUUCCAGGCUGGAGGUGUGGGCUAUUUAGGGGAAGGGGUAGUCACUGAUGUCCAGCAGGAGUCCUUGAUAGGCAAAGCCCACUACAGCAUCCCUGAGACCCUACCAUGUUCCUCUUCUCCCGGAAGACCAAGACCCCCAUCAGCACCUACAGUGACUCCUACAGGGCUCCUACCUCCAUCAAGGAGGUCUAUAAGGACCCACCUCUAUGGGCCUGGGAAGCGAACAAGUUUGUGACCCCAGGUCUGACUCAGACUAUGCACCGCCACGUGGAUCCUGAGGCCCUGCAGAAGAUGGCCAAGUGUGCUGCACAAGACUACACCUAUAAGAGCUCCAUAUCAGGCCACCCUUACUUGCCUGAGAAAUACUGGCUCUCACAAGAUGAAGAGGACAAAUGCUGUACAAGCUACCUGGACAAUGACCGGUACAACACAUGGAAGACAAACCCCUACAACAACUACUGGAACAAGUAUACCACCUGUCUUCCUCGACUCUCCAAGGACACCGGGAUGGAGACUGUAGUUCGAGGAAUGCCGUUGGAAUAUCCUCCUAAACCGGAACGCCUCAACGCCUACGAGCGCGAGGUAGUGGUGAACAUGCUGAACUCGCUGUCCCGGAACCGGACUCUGCCACAGAUUGUGCCCCGCUGCGGGUGUGUGGACCCUCUGCCGGGUCGACUGCCAUACCAAGGAUACGAAAGCCCUUGCUCCGGCCGCCACUACUGUCUGCGCGGGAUGGACUACUGCACCACAGAGGAGCCUAGCACAGAACGCCGCCUGCGGCCUUUGUGCUCGCAGCAGCCGACUGUAAGGAGUGUGUCGCCCUUCGGCCACCGGCCAGGAAUGCAAUGUGCUGUUACAACUCCCCCGCCAUCAUUUUACCCGUUUCCCAACCUUAGAUGGGACACAAGUCACUUCAAGAAGACCGGUGGUUCCCAGAGAAACAACUAUGUUGUCCAUCCUGAGUUUGUGUCUGAGACCUAUCCUGUCUACCCUUCCUAGUAAAGCUUUGACCAGACCAAGGGAGGGAGUGGCUCAAUAAACUCUUCACCACAAAGA